CUUGGCCAUGAGCAGUGCGGUGGGUCCAGACCCGGCGGAGACGCCUGAGGAGCGGAGUUUCCUCAGCACGGCAGAGGCAGCUGCCCUGGAGCGGGAGCUGCUGGAGGAUUAUCGCUUUGGGCGGCAGCAGCUAGUGGAGUUGUGCGGGCAUGCUAGUGCCGUGGCUGUGACCAAGGUGUUCCCUUUGCCUGCUCUCUCCAGGAAGCAGAGGACAGUGUUGGUGGUGUGUGGCCCGGAGCAGAACGGGGCAGUGGGGCUGGUCUGUGCCCGGCACCUGCGGGUGUUUGAGUACGAACCUACCAUCUUCUACCCCACACGCUCACUGGACCUGCUGCACCAGGACCUCACCACACAGUGCGAGAAGAUGGAUAUCCCCUUCCUCUCCUACUUGCCUACGGAGGUGCAGCUCAUUAAUGACGCCUAUGGGCUGGUAGUGGACGCUGUGCUGGGUCCUGGUGUGGAGCCAAGCGAGGUCGGGGGCCCCUGCACCCGUGCACUGGCCACACUAAAGCUGCUGUCCAUCCCCCUCGUGAGCCUGGACAUUCCCUCAGGCUGGGACGCGGAGACCGGCGGCGACGCUGAAGACGGGCUGCGGCCAGAUGUGCUGGUGUCGCUCGCAGCGCCCAAGCGCUGCGCCGGCCGCUUCUCAGGGCGCCACCACUUCGUGGCCGGCCGGUUCGUGCCCGACGACGUGCGCCGCAAGUUCGCCCUGCGCCUGCCGGGUUACACAGGCACCGACUGCGUCGCGGCCCUCUGACCGGCCACCGCGCCCGCGCCUCCUGGGCCUGCACCAAUAAACAGAUCUCCCACCACC